AUGCCUACCCUUACCGCGCAGUUAGCCGGUCCAUAUUGGGAGCCAACAACGCCUACACAAAGGUUCUUCAAGGCUUACGUCCACGCCGUCGACAAUAAAGGAUACAAUGUUGGCUCCGGCCUCAAGUUCUAUUCCAAAGAUGUUACAUUUCACAAUCAGAACAACGCCGUUUAUCAUGGCGGGGAAGAGAUGUGGGCAUGGAUGAAGAAAUUGUUUGGCGUCUUCGACCGCAUCAGCCAUGACUGGAUCCAGUUCACGGAGAUUCAGCGUGAUGACGGUACUACUCAAUUCAUCACCCAGAAUAUCCGCAACCUAUGGGUCAAGGGCAACGAUGCGGAGACACCGACUGUUAGCAUCCCAGUUGUCAUGAUUGCUAUCGUUGGUCCAAGUGGUGAUGAAAUCACGCCUGAAGGUCUGCAUUUCAAGGAAGUUUGGUUGUACUGGGAUACUGCUUUACUUCUCUCACACCUGCCGGAAGAAGCUGUUGUUUUCAAGACCAAGAAUAUCUUAACCUCGGAAUAG